CUGGUUCAAACUCUAUGAAGGCCACAAAGGUUUGCAUAAGAGGUAUAACAUACAAAUUGGGAAACACACUGGUGAUCAGCCAACCAACUUCUUAUGAAAUGUUAGUUGGAUGUAUUCAAGACAUAUUUGUAGAAGGAAAUACAGUGUAUUUUUUGGUCCAUGAAAUUUUAUGCACAUAUAUUGAUGCUAUGGAUCUUUAUGCGUAUGAAAGUUCACUUGAUCAUGAUUAUGAUGUGCAGUGUCUUACUCUCUCUCAGUUUGCAGAUUGUUAUACAGUGGAGAUCUAUUUUGAAUCAGGGACGAGCUACAUUUCCCUGAAGCAUUCAUUGUCACAGUGACUGUCAACGCUGACAAUGGCCAGUGGGAUUUCUGAGGAUGAGAAAUGUCUCAAGAGACAUGUACUUGAUCUUAUUGGUAACCUGGAUGAGGACACUUUGAACAGUAUUGUUGAUGUUCUGAAUACCUUAGGCGUCACACAUGUGGAUGACCUGAAGUGGGUGACACCGGAUGAUCUGGUAGGGAGAGUCAAACCUGUUCAUGCAAGGAAGCUACUUAGCCAUUCAGUGUCACAACCAUCAAGAAGUGUCCCCUCACCUUCAUCCAGUGUGGAUUCAUCCAUGUCAUUCUCACCGAAGAGUCCGGGUCCAAUAUUGAUACACAACAUAAACACUGAUCCCAACUGGCCUGUCAAAUUAGAACUCCCAUGGAGAGAUGUUAGUGCUGCUGUGAGAAAUGAUUUGGAAAGGGGGAAGAGACUACAUCCAAGUGCCAGACAGGACCUUGUCAGAUUGUUUGUUGAUGCAGUCAGGAAGAAGACUCAACAUGCAUCGAGACCCCAAAUGUCUGUCAUCGCCCAGAGGAUGACUGCACGGUAUCCUGAUAGUCUACAGGAUAAACUGGAUGGGUCUAUAAUCGGUUCGGGAUAUGACAGUAUUCUAAAUAAACUUGUCUCCAGGAACGAAAACCUAAACAGAUCACUGAAUGCAAGUAGGAUGUGUCUUUCUCGCAAGAAGAGACCACUUGCUAGUGAUUCAGGUUCCAGUGAUAACUCAGAUAAUCCUGAAGGUGGUUGUGCUGCUGCAGCAGCUGAACGACGAGACUCUUAUGGCUGUAUCAACUGGAUGCCAGUUCUCACAGGGGACACCGAAUGCCAGGAUAUGGAACAUCACAAGAAUAAUUUAAAGGCAAUGUAUGAGAAUUCAGAAACAGAUUAUGAGAAGGUAUCACGCUCCAUGAAAGCUAGUUAUGCUCUACAGCGCAAAGAGAUUAAUAGUGGAACUUCGAUGGAUGAACUGAAGGAAGAGUGGCCUUAUCUGUUUGAGGUCAAGGGUCUUUUGGCUCAUGCUAAUGAGCUUUUGGGAAUAGACAUAAGGAACGCCUUAGGAACUGCUUAUAGAGACAAAGCAAUGAGAAUAAAUAGAUUCUUCAAAACUAAAUCCAGUUUCAAGUUUGAGAUGAUCUAUGAGGAAGCCAGAAGGCAGAGUGAGAAGGAUAAUGUCAAGGCUUGGUUGGUCGCAGUGAUUCUGUGUGUUCUGAACCAUUUUGGUGAAAAGGAAAAGGAUGUCUUCUUUGUUGUUGAUGAAACAACAAGUGUUGGAGCAGCAGAGAAGUCCACAACAAAGGAAUCACUACAGCUGAUAGUUUUUGGUGAUUCAGUCCUUGCAGGCAAGACAUACAUGUUGAUGUGUGACAGAAUGGUCAUUUCACCCAUGGACAGAAUCCAAAGUUUCAUGGACGCCUUCUCUGCAUUCUUUGCAUCGUUCUAUGUGUUCAAUCUGGAGUAUCCCCCUGGGGCUUCAACAACCAUGGAGUUUAUUCAGAGGUGUUUCAUUGGCAUCAACCCUGAUAGAGGAUCGAAAGGGAACCAAGGGAAGAGGAAGAAGACAAAGAUUAACCCCAAGGUUCUCAGCUUAAUCAACGCUCUUGCGGAUUUUGAGUGGCUGGAAUCAGACAUAUAGCCUGUUCAAUAUGCAGCAGAGAUUUUGUUAAAUUACACAGAGUGUAGGAGCAAUUGAUAGUCUGAUUGUCUGAUGGUGUCUAUCUAUCAGAUAAUAAUGAACAAUUUUGUUUCUUAUAUGUAGUUGGUGCUGUUUGAUUUUGUUUAUAUCAAUAUUGUGAACUGUUCACGGUAUUCCAUUGUCUUUUGAGAGUAAGACAGAUAAUUGAAAGUUUAUUUUCUAUAGAAGUUAUUCAUACCUUGUCAGUGUUCGUCAAGGAUGUGAAGUAAUAGGAGCAGUUUAAAAUGUUUGAUACUGUAUGGUUCGAGAUUGCUGAUAAAGUUAAAACUUCAAUGGGCUUUUUCUGAGACAUUUAGCUGUCUUCAUUAAUAAUAAUCUGAAAAUCCUAGUUUAGACAUGCUUAUUUCCUGUUCAAAAUGCAGCAGAUAUUUUGUUAAACUUGAGGAAAUAUCAGUACUGCUUGUGAGUGUAGUAUGCUUAUUGAUAUUUCCACAAAGGAAUUCCUUUCAGAAUUGUGAGAGACAGUUUUGUUAACUGAAUGUUGUGAUUUAAGUGGAGAAUUUCACUGCAAACUGACAUCAUACUGGCUUUCAGAUUGGAAAUAUUUGAACAGCGUGUAGGAGCAAUAAAUGAAAGGAACAAGUUUGUACAAAGAAGGUCCUGUUUUG